GAGUAGGACUGCAGGUGUGAGCCAUAGGCAUGAGCCACCAGCACCUGGCUAGAGACAUUUUUUUUUUUUGUAUAUAUAGCUAUAUUGGGGUUUGAGCCUUGCAUCUUGUACUUGGUAGGUAAGUGUUUUAUUACUUGGGCCAACCUCUAGCAAGAACAUUGAAAAUUGGCUUUCCCAACUCCACACCUACUCUCUUUAGAGACUUACUUUAGAUCUUUCCCUAGUGUGGCUUGUUGGGUAGAGUAUGGACAGGAGGUAGUCUUAUGCCCUUAUUCUCCCUCCCAGAUCCUAUCCUUUAUACUUUAGAGGUUUUCCAUCUUUAUUCUCUCUCCCUAUUCCUCCCCUUCCUCUCUCCCUCCUCGCUGUCUUCUCUCUUCACAGUUUGUAUGACGUGUAUAAAAACUAAAGGAAACCCCUGGUCCGUAUUUGUCUUGUUUAGGGGCAGGGUUUUAAGCAGGUCUCGGUGAGGAUGGGACGGUGGGCUACUUCUCAAAACUGGAGACCAAAGAAGCUGAAAGCAUCGGUGUGGCCAUCAGGAGACUGGGCAACACGGGGAACGUGACGAGAGUACUGAGGGACGGGAAUGGAAACCAGACUCAUUUGGUAAAAUGAUAAAUGUGAAUACUAGCAGCGAACAUUCACUGUUGCACUGUAUGAAGUCUUCAAAGUGUAAUUAAAAGUUUUUAUGGAGUCCCAGAGCUUCGGUUUGUGCACAUUUUUCGAAGUUGCGAACGCAGUGCAGCUGAUCUCCCCUAGCCCUGUGGCACUGGCUGCCCUGCCCUGCCCACUUCCGGCACCCUGACCGACAUUACCCUAGCCCCAAUCGCGAGCCCGAAAUUUAGGAUCGGCCAAUCAGGGUGCCAGGUGGGCGGGACAGGCAGGCCAGUUCGAUUUGGCGGUUCGACUUCAACAUGGCUGAAGCAAGCAACGCCAGUCCAACAGCGGCUGUGGAAAAAGGGCCUGAGGAGUCACCUCCAGAAUCCGACCCACCCGGCGCUACCAUUUCGAGGGUAAAGCUCCUCGAUACCAUGGUGGAUACCUUUCUCCAAAAGCUGGUCGCCACUGGGAGCUACGAGAGAUUCACUGACUGUUACAAACACUUCUACCAGUUGCAGCCUGAGAUGACACAGCGAAUCUAUGACAAGUUUAUAACUCAGUUGCAGACAUCUAUCCGGGAGGAAAUCUCAGAAAUCAAAGAGGAAGGGAACCUAGAAGCUGUCUUGAAUUCCUUGGACAAAAUUGUGGAAGAAGGCAAAGACCACAAGGGACCAGCCUGGCGCCCCAGUGGGAUCCCAGAGAAAGACCUGUGCAGUGCCUUGGCACCCUACUUCCUGCAACAACGCAACACCCUGCAGCGCCAGGUGCAGAAACAGAAAGCCAAGAACAAGGAGCUGGCCGACACUGUCCUGGCUGGGCGCAGGCAGGUGGAGGAACUGCAGCAGCUGGUCAAAGCCCGACAGCAGGCCUGGCAGGCAAGCCCUACACAGAGAACGGAGGGAGCUGCUGGAUGUACUGAGAGAGCCUGAGUGAGGAGGAGACAGCGAACCCCAAGCAGAGGGCAGUCAAGGUCGAGGGCCUGUGGUCAGCAUUCUGGGCCUGGGCAGGCUGCCUUUUGAGAAUAGCUGAAAUGGUGCCAGUCCCCGGGCAGUAAUGGAGGACUAGGCUGGAGCAGCGCCCCCCCCCCCCCACCUACUGCCACUGAACCUAUGGGGCUCCCAUGGACCCGCACACCCAACUACCUUAAGAUUCCUUCUAUUUUCUUCCACCUGAAAGCCUGUAGCCAGUUCUCCCACUGGGGGUGAGGUGGGGUACGGGGUACCAAGCUUUCUCUUCUCUAGGUGUGGCCAGCACUCCCCCCCCCCCCCACACACACACAUACAUACACCCUCCCUGGUCUGGCCUGAAGAAUGUGUUUUCAACCUCCACUGAUUGCCCCCUUACUGGCCAGCCCAAGGGCCCUGCCAUGUUCUCCCCACAUCUUUAAAUAAACUUCCUCCAGUACACUAUAAUCUGUGUAAUCUGUGAGGAUGCUUUCUCGCCAGGCUUCCUGUGCCAAGACCACUCCUGGGCUCCCAAGCUCUUGGCCAAGGUCAAGGCCUCAGCUCCAGUGCCCCGGGAGCCUCUGGGCUGGAGUAGGCUAGGGCCUAGGACUGUAUCUGGUCAUGUGCAGAGGGCAGCAGGUCAGAAAACAGGACCCUUGCAUUUCUUGAGGUCAGAACAACCAGCCACGGGCAUCACUCUUUCCAACCCACCCUGCCCUUCUUGCUAUUUGGAUUAAUUCUGGGAAAGUAUCCACAGUGAGCCUUACUCGGGGUUUUGCAUAGGGGGCACUUCAGAAAAGC